AUGCAUCGCAUUGCUUGGGAGCGCUUUCAGACUGCUAUUGCCAGGGGACGGGUCUCUUGGCCAAACGGCAUCGUUCAUGUGCUCGAGGGGCAGCACCUCCCUGGACCGAUAGCGAGCGGCGCUAGCGGCUCCACGAAACCGCUGCUCGCCUUACAGACCCGAGGUUUCAAGACCUCAGGAAUUGGCAAUGUCAACUACAGGCGGUUUGGACAAGCAAGUGGAGAUGAGACACGAAGGAUACAGCAGCACAGAGCAGGAUCAUCAAGGGAGCCCAUCCUUGAGCUUGCACGUCGCCUCGGUGGUAGACAAAAUCAAGGCGGCUCAUCCUCAAACAACAAUUGGAAAGACAACUCUUCAAACAGGCUCGCGGUGGUCAUUCUCCUCGUCUUCUUUGGUGGCGGCCUUACCUACUACGUCUUUCACUUGGAGGCCGUGCCGGGAAUGAAUCGAACUCGUUUCAUGGAUGUCACACCGGCACAAGAAGAGUCCCUAUCCAUGGCGACGUACAAAGCUUUCAUAGCACAGAACGGAGCUGCAAUAUUGCCCGCUUACCAUCCCGAAACGAGGAGGGCGCAGCGCGUAGCGUCGAGAUUGGUGCAGGCAAUCUCGGACGUCUCGCCAAGCUCGGAUAAUACACUGCAAAAGUCGCACACGCAAUGGGUCAUCCAUGUCCUCGCUGAUCAGAAGCUCAACGCCUUUGUGUUGCCUGGAGGCAAGAUCUUUAUCUAUGGAGGCAUGCUUCGAUUGUGCCAGACUGACGAUGCAUUGGCGACGGUUCUGAGUCACGGUAAGUAGAUUUGCUGCUUUCACUCCCCUUCACCUCUUGCAUGCUUCUGCUUACGCAGACAAGAGUCCGGUAUUCGUAUCACAACUUGGGCGUCGUGUGCAGAAAUAGCGCAUCAGAUUCUGCGACAUCAUGCAGAAGGACAGAGCGGCACGAAGGUGCUCUACUUCUUGGCACAAGGUUUAGAAGCUCUGUUCGGCUUCGGUUUUGGCUUGUCUAUCCUCUUGACAAAGCUACUGUACCAGUUGCCCAACAGCCGCACGCAGGAGACUGAGGCUGAUCGACUCGGUGCGUACAGCAAGCGCGCGACUGCAAAUGCGCUCUCCAAGUCGAACCCUGACGCCGAGAGUGGCAAUGCAAAACCUCAGGUCUGCGACUCAUGACUGCAGCUUGCUACGAUCCUCGACAAGCGCCAAAGUUCUGGUGAGCCCCAAAAGGCCUGACGUUGGCAGCAUUCUUUCGGUCGUUUUCAAUAACCGUCUCACCUUUGCUUUGUGAAUGAAUAGGGAGCGCUUUGCUCAGAUUGAGCAAAGGCAAUCUGGUGAAGUAAAGGGGCAACAGGAGUCAUCCGGCCUCUUCAAAGCCGCAGAGAGCAUCCUCAGCACGCACCCGCUGUCUGAGAAGCGUAUGCAAGCCCUGCACAGCUGGGUCAGUCUCUUCUAAGCCUAGCGCCCAUGAUUCUCAGACGAUGCUGCUGCUGCUGACGCGUGAACCUCGUCGUCAUUGCUGUUGGUGCCGCAGUUGAACGAAGCCAUGUCUUACAGAGCAGAGAGAUGUGGCGCAUUGCCGGAGCAAGCCUCUGACUUUGCUCAAAUAGCAUGGUCACCCAGCUUCCGGCCAUUUGUCGCUCGAUGA